AUUCAUUCACGAAUCGAACAUCGCAAGUGCGCUGAGCGGGACAACUGAUGACACAAAGAGUCUGUAUCGCCUGAGCGCGGGUCUCUAAAACUUAUCUGGACGAGGUCAUCUAUUUAAGGCCAUAAAUAUGUCACAUAAUUAAUAGAGCGUAUCAUCGUAUCGUAAACAGACAGUCAACUUGUUCCUUUUGAUUUAUUUGUGCAAUUGAAGAGAGAGGUGAAUUAGGAAAGCGACGGAGAUGGAGCCAUCAACAGAUGUGGAAAAACUACCCGAAACCAACGAAACUCAAGAUAUUGAUUCGGAUGAUCUGCUGGAGUUAAAUCAGUUCGACGGGCUCCCUUUUUCUUCAAGAUAUUACAAACUAUUAAGAGAAAGAAAAGGUCUGCCGGUGUGGGGAGCGAAAUGCGAGUUUAUGGACAGUUUGAUCAACAGUCAGAUUGUGAUAGUUACUGGCACAGCUAAAACAGGACAAAGCACUCAGAUCCCUCAGUGGUGUGCAGAGUUUUGCCUGUCUACGCAGUAUCAGAAUGGCAUGGUAGUGUGCACUCAGAUUCACCAACAGAGCACGGUGGAACUGGCCCUCCGUGUGGCCGACGAGAUGGACGUGAACAUCGGCAAUGAGGUUGGAUACAGCAUCCCACUUCAGACCUGCUGCUCCCCUGACACUGUACUGAGGUACUGCACAGAUGAUGUGCUGCUCCGGGAAAUGAUGUCGGACCCCCUCUUGGAGCAGUGUGGUGUGGUGGUCAUUGAUCAGGCCCAGGAACGCACCGUCAGCACAGACCUGCUCCUCGGGCUGCUCAAAGACGUGCUCCUCGCACGGCCAGAGCUCAGACUGGUCAUCCUCACUGCCACUCACUCCGCUGAGAAACUGCUACGACACUAUGGAAGCGUUCCUCAGAUCCGGCUGGAAGGGCCACAGCCGUGCGAGGUGGUGUAUGGGAGUGGGAGAGGAGGUGUGAAGGAUUACCUCUGCUCUGCUCUUAGACUGGCGCUGGAGAUACAUCAGAAUCAAAACCAUGGAGACAUUGUGACAUUUCUGGCAACUGAGCAAGAGAUUGAAUGUGCCCAUGCCAUUUUGCGGCGAGAGGGUGUCAAUCUUGCAUUGUCUCAUGGCGAGCUGGUGCCCGUGUCUCUGUGCCCUGCGCAAGGAGACAGUCUCUCACUGCUCUCUGAGGAGAGCAAGAGUAGGAGAGUCUUCCUCACCUGCAGCCCCAGUGAAGACUUAUUCUGGGCCGUUCAGAGCAUUCGCUUUGUGAUUGAUGCUGGAGUGCAAAAAAGAUAUGUUUACAAUCCUAGAAUCAGAGCCAACUCCAUUGUUAUUCGACCAAUCAGCAAGAGCCAAGCUGAGAGCCGAAAACAACUUGCAGGCCCAACAGGCAAGUGUUUCUGUUUGUAUCAAGAGGACACGUCACUUCCUGUUGAGAGCGUCCCUCACAUUCUUGAGUCUGACAUCACUUCCACUGUGCUCUUCCUAAAGCGCAUGGAAAUUGCUGGCCUGAGCCACUGUGACUUUAUUGACAGACCAGAUCCAGAAGGCCUCAUGCAAGCUUUAGAGGAACUCGACUAUCUUGCUGCUUUGGAUGAUGACGGGAAUCUAUCUGAGAUUGGAAUUAUCAUGUCAGAGUUUCCUCUUGAGCCACAGAUGGCUAAGACUUUGCUUGCGUCUUGCGAAUUCGACUGUGUGAGUGAAGUGCUGACCAUCGCUGCCAUGCUAACAGCUCCGAGCAGUUUCCUUACACCCCCAGUGGAAACGAGACAGAAGGCCUUGCUGUGUCAUCAGAGGUUCCAGCAUGCAGAAGGAGACCACUUCACCCUUAUUAACAUAUUUAAUGCUUACAGAUAUGCUAAGGAAGGGCCAUACUCUAGUGUGGAACAGUGGUGUGAAGACCAUUUCCUUAGUCUGGCUGCUCUUCAGACAGCAGAUGCGAUACGCUCUGAGCUAACAGAAAUACUGAAACGGAUAGAGCUGCCAGUGUCCUUACCCGCCUUUGGCUCUAAAAACAACAGCUUGAACAUCAAACAUGCAUUACUAGCUGGCUUCUUCAUGCAGGUGGCAAGGGACAUUGACGGGUCAGGGAAUUACUUCAUGCUAACCCAUAAACAUGUGGCUCAGAUCCACCCACUGUCUGGCUACGGAACCGAGAUGAACAAGAAGAAUCUGCCAGAAUGGGUUCUGUACCAUGAGCACACGCUAUCAGAGAACAACUGUAUCAGAACCAUCUCUCAGAUCUCCGCACAUGAGUUCAUUCAGAUGGCACCACAGUACUUCUUCUAUAACCUGCCACCUAGUGAGAGUAAAGACGUACUGCAGCACAUUAUAGAUCAUGGUUCAGCUGCCCCAUCUAAAGGCAUAAGAAAAUCCCAGACCCCCAGCAGCCCUGCCAGUGAGGAGCAGCCCCAUGAGCGCUGUACCAUACAGUGACUGGG